AGACAAUUUUAUUUUUUUAUUUUAUUUUAUUUUUCGUCAAAAAUAUACAUUAAAAACAGUAAAUUUAAACAAAUCAUUUUUCAGUAGGUAUCGUCGUCAGUAUAAUAUUAUAUUAACAUUCAAAGCUUCCCAGGGACCGCAGCAAGCCGGCAGAUAGCGCCAAGGGGUUCUUAACAUACCAUCCGGCCGCCGCCGCCGCCGCCGCCGCCGCUACAGCCUACAAUUUAUACAACUUAACUAAAACCGUGUGUGCCGUGUGAUGUGAAUGUGUGUGUGUGUGUGUGUGUCUAAGUGAUAAUGUAGUAAUUCGGACUUGGAUUGGAUAAUAAAAAUGUACAUAGUAUAUUAUUAUACUAUUAUGUAUAUUUUAUAUUAUAAUAUUAUUACAGUUUUUACAUAGUGUUAAUAUUAUUAUCAAUCACUCCGAAACGGACACCGUCGAGCCGAGCGCGUGACCACUGGCGUUUUUUUUCUCUUCUCCAAUUAAUAUACGAUAAUUAUUUAUUAUUAUAUACCUACCUAAUAUUUUAAUGUUACAAUAUUGUUGUGUUCUCGUCUCGUUUUAUUUUUUUAUUUUUUUCUUCUCUGCUCGAGAAUAACGUUAUGUUACAAUACACUGUUUACUUUCAAUCAAAUGCUUAAGUAAAUUAACUACUGUGGACAAAAUACCUGUAAUUUCUACGAUAAUGGUAAAACUCUUGUCGAUAGCCGUGUGCGAACGUGGAACCGAUCAAUUGGCCCAACUACUACUAUGAAGACGCAUCCGGUACAAUAGUUAUUUGUCAAUUUCUCUAUUUGCUCUAUUGCUCCGUUACUUGCCAAGCCUAGCCGAUAUUAUAAAUGUUGACGUGACCGCCCCGCACACACACACCGCACCAGUACACAUGCAUCGACACCGGCACCAGAGCGUCCAAGCCGAAGCCUACGAUAGAACCGUAGUGACAUUUGCAGAAACGACGUCGGCCGACGUGGAUCUGGAUUUAGACGUGGACACCGAAGAUCUAGAUCUAGACGCCAGCGCCACCGAGGACCUGGACCUGGUCGACAGCAUGAUAUUUGUCAAGAAAGAACGUUUGGCCGCGUCCAGUAGCUCUCUGUCGCCCACCUCUCCUUCGGAAAUGUACAUAUGUGCAGCCAGCAGUAUCAAAAAGGAGCCGGCCAUGAGCACGAGCAGUGCCGUCACCUCGCAACAGUUCGACAUCACCAGCAGCAGUAACAACGGACUGAUUCUGGCCACGGCUUUGUCGCCCCGGAGCCCUGGUUCUGCGGAACUGGUGCUUGGCUCUGUGGACCUACUCGACGAGCAGCAGCAACAGUUUCAACAAAACCAAUUCUGCUGUUCGAGCACUACGAACAAUACCGGAAACAAUGGUUCGUCGAGCGCCCGUGUUGUAAUAUCAGUUCAGGACAACAACGGUACCGUCGGGUGCCCAGUCGUGAAAGACAAACUGGACGAUUCGGGCAACGGCUCGGCCAAUGGAUCUCCGCAAAACCGAAGGCUUUGUCUGGUUUGUGGCGACACGGCUUCUGGCUAUCACUAUGGAGUGGCGUCGUGUGAAGCUUGCAAAGCAUUUUUCAAACGCACUAUUCAAGGCAACAUUGAAUACACGUGUCCGGCUUCAAACGAUUGUGAAAUCAACAAGAGGCGCCGUAAAGCGUGCCAGGCGUGUCGCUUCCAAAAGUGCUUGCGUAUGGGCAUGCUCAAGGAAGGCGUUCGUUUGGACCGAGUCCGUGGCGGACGUCAGAAAUAUCGACGGCAAUCGUCGCAGCAGCAACAGUCCCAAAACACCAAUCAGCAGCUGACCCAGCAGCAGCAACAGUGUUUGUUACAGUCGCAUCAUCACGGACAUUUGAAUGUGUCCGCCAGAGACGGCAUGGUGAACAAUUCAAACGGCGGAUCUGUCACGUGGACAACGGGCAACAUUAACGACUCGUUGAAGAACUGUUGCUGUUGUUGCUCGAGCGGCGGACUCACUUCUCUUGAAGAAAAUAAAAUGCUGGAAGCCCUUCAAGCUUGUGAGCCCGACAUGCUCACUACGAAUUCUACAGAAAACAACAACAGUUUCAAACCAACCGUUACCAACAUGAACAACAGUCAACAGCAGCAGUGUCAGUCGUCCGUCACACCUUCGGUGGCCUCUACGACUGCGUCUAAUUCUCCGGUGCACAUACUGUCCGAUCUCUACGACAGGGAGCUGGUCAGCACCAUAGGCUGGGCAAAACAAAUACCAGGUUUCACUGAUUUGUCGUUGAACGAUCAAAUGCGAUUGCUACAAUCGACAUGGGCAGAACUACUGACGCUGACAACGGCGUUCCGAUCGAUUUCGAACUCGGUCAGCAUGAUCACCGACAACGCGAUACUCAACGGAGAGUGCCAGAAGAGAAAACUGAAAUACGCCACAGAUUACGUGUUGGACGAGAAACAAGCAAAAGAAAUCGGUCUUGGAGACGUUUACAAUUUGUGUUUGCACAUCGUGGAAAAGUUGCAACAGUUGAAGGUGCAGAAAGAAGAAUACUAUCUGUUGAAAGCUCUGGUGUUGAGCAAUUCGGACGCCAUCCGAGUGGACGACCAGGGCAAGCUGAAAAAGUUUCGCGACGCCAUAAUCCAGUCGCUCACCGACCUGUUGUCUUACAACAACGUCAACAACAACAACAAUAGCAAUAACAGGCCACCAAACGACGACUCGAACAACGCGGUCGGUUGCGCUCAUCAAAGGCUGCAGCAGAGAACAAACGAGUUACUGUUGUGUUUGCCCGCUCUACGGCAAGCCGACCAACUGAUCCGUCAGUAUUGGGGGGCCGUACACAAGGAGGGAGCCAUACGCAUGAACAAACUGUUUGUCGAGAUGCUGGAAGCUUACCUUAGAUAGUGUUGCCGUCAAAAACACACAUUUCACACACCGAGACGUAACGGACUUAUGUCCUGUCGACGCCAUUUCUAAAAGUAGUCACUGCCUGCCGUUGCUGGUUCCAACUAAAUCGGACAGGGAGUUUGUUAAUUAUGUUUUUAGAUAAAGCAAAAAUAAAAUACAAUUAUUUUUCGAUUAGACUAUAGAGAUUAUAAUAUAUAUAUACAUACAUAUUAUAGAGUAAACAUUAUUUAUAUUAAUAUAUUUUGAAUAGAUUUUUAGUUAUUGAUAAAAUAAUAUAUAUAUAUAUAUAUAUAUAUAUAUCAUUUUA